CUCAAACACAUCCGGUGGCGUGACCCCUGGACCGGGCACACUCUGGACAAGCAAAUACUGACUCAGAACCAAAACGGGCCCUGUCCACUAAUUGCUCUGACCAACGUACUGAUCCUACAAAACAAGCUACAAAUCCCCACCGCCACCACCACCAAUGGCUCUGUAGCAGAAAUAACUGCCGAUGCUUUGGCCUCAUUGCUGGGCAAUUUCCUUUUGGCACAGGAUGGUAUUUCGGAAGAAACGGUUUCUUUGGUGCUUGGGCUGUUACCGAGUAUGAGCCGUGGGUUGGAUGUUGAGCUGCGGUUUGCCAAUAUUUAUGAUUUUGCCGAGCCUUCUGGGGCCACUGCAGUGUUCAGAGCCUUUGGGGUUGUGCUCGUGCACGGGUGGGUGGCUGAAGGGUCGGCGCUGCCCGUGGUGGCCGAGACACUGCGCUUGUGUGGUGGGUCGUACCAGGCGGCGGCCGAGUACGUGUUUGCGGCCGACGAGAUGAGCCACGGCCAAGUGUUGGGCCAGAACCACAGCUAUAACAGCAUGCACGAGAACCGCCCCCCUGCGGUGUUGAGUCUUGAGGAGGAGGAUCGUGUGGGAAGGGCGUUGGCGCUAAAUGCCUGGCUGGAAGAUACCGCUACGCAAUUGACUGGGAGUGGGCUGAGGAUGCUCCAGCACCUGCUGCCGGAGCCUAGCCUGGCAGUGUUUUUCCGCAAUAACCAUUUCUCUACUUUGUUUAGGCCGAGCCAGCAGGGGCUUUUUAUGCUGUGUACAGAUGAGGCCGUGGCUGCCGACACUAGGGUUGUGUGGGAGUCGUUGGCUGAUGUGCACCAGAGCGGCAGCGCGUUUUUCGAUGCGGCGUUCUGCCCGAUUGAUCCCCGUGGCGGCGGCAAGGGCAAGGAUGCCGACUAUGCGCGCGAGGAGGUGAAGGAGGACACAGCCAAUGUCGACGACGACUAUGCCUUUGCACUUGAGCUUGAGCGCCAGCAACAAGAG